AUGAGAAAAGAUAUGGUAGUGAAGAAGGAAGCGAAAAGCGAGAAGCGGAAUAUGGAAAUCAGAGAGGGAAGAGAUAGAAAAAAGAAGGUGGAAGAUAAGAAGAUGGAAAGCGGAGAAUUGAGAGAAAUAAGAGAGGAAUUGAGAGGAAUAAGAGAAGGUAUAAUGGACUUGGUGGGGUUAUGGAGGAAGUGGAUAGAGAAAGAAAAAGGACCGGGAAAAGGCGGAGAGAAGAGAGAGCGGAAGGAAAGCAGAAAAAAAGAGAAGACAAAGGGACAAGAAGAGCAGGGAUCAACAGGUAAGAAGAAGGAAAAAGGAGAAGUCAAGAGGAGAGAGAGCGAAGACAGGCAGCGGGACAGCAAGGAGAAGAGGGAAGAAAAGAGAAUAAAGAAGGCCACGGAGGAGGAAGGAGGAGAAGUAAAGGAAAGGAAGAUAAAAGGAGAGAGGAGGAAAGAGGAGGUGAAGAGCAAGGAAAGGAAGCCAAAAGGAGGAGAUGGGGUGAUAGAUGGAGAAGAGAAAUAUAAGGAAAGGAGAGGCGAGAAGAAUGAGGUGACGGAAGAGAUGAUGGAGGAGUGGUGGAAAGAAGUGGAGGCGGAAGAGGAGAGGGAGGGUAACAGUGGACAGGCUGGAGGAAAAGAAGGGGAAGGGGGAAGGUGGGUAUUAAUAACGGAGAUAGUAAGGGAGGCGGACAGAGAAGAGAUUCUGGCAAGGGGAGGGGAGGUGAAAGGGACGUGGGGAGUAGGAGUGGACGAGGACCUGACGAUGGAAGAGAGAAGGAUGAGGUGGAGGAUCGUGGAAGCGGCGAGAAAGGAAAGGGCGACGGGAAAAAAGGUGAUUGUAUCAAAUAGAGGGUUUUGGGUGGAAGAGAGGAAAUGGAGUUGA